UGUCCAUUUGUUAUUGUAAGAAAACGCAAAGUCACCGGCCCCAAAACAUCGUUUGCCGAGGACCUAAAUACGGCGGAAAUGGAAGACAACCCGAGAGCCGAAGCCGAAAGAUUACUAGGAAUCGCUGAGAAGCUCCUACACAACCGAGAUCUUGUGGGUUCGAGAGACUUCGCAAUCUUGGCCCAGGAGACGGAGCCCCUUCUUGAGGGGUCAGAUCAGAUCUUGGCCGUUGUCGACGUUCUCCUCGCUGCGGAGAAACGUAUAAACAACCACCUCGACUGGUACUCUAUCCUCCAGAUUGACCGCAGAUCUGAUGAUCCAGAUCUCAUCAAGAAGCAGUACCGUAGGCUCGCUCUGCUCCUCCACCCGGACAAGAACAAGUUCCCUCUCGCCGAUCAGGCUUUCAAGCUCGUUGCCGACGCCUGGGCCGUCUUCAACGACCACUCCAGGAAGUCAAACUACGACAACGAGCUCGGCAUCUUCGCGAAGGUCGAUCUAAACCUGCAGCAACCGAAACUGCCGGUCCGCCGUAGCCAGCCGCCGAUUAAUAGGAAGGACCUGUACAGGAAUAGCAACAUUAGUUUCAGUAGCGGCGCGAACGAGAGCAUGGAGGAUCAACGGCUGAGAUUGUCGAGCUUCUGGACGAUGUGCCCGUACUGUUACAACCUGUAUGAGUACCCUAGGGUUUACGAAGGGUGCUGCUUACGGUGUCAGAGUUGCCAUAGGGCGUUCGAAGCAGUGCUAAUCACGUCUUUGCCACCGCUGGUGCCGGGCCAGGACGCCUACUAUUGUUGCUGGGGGGCCUUUCCGAUGGGCUUCGUGGGUGGGAAUUCGGACAGCGCAGGAAAGAGUACCAUGGCGGGUGGCGCGAGGUUUCCGAAUUGGACGCCAUCGACGAAAGAGAAUGUUAGGAAUGAUGGAACACCGUUGACAGCGGUGGGUGUUUUGGGUGGGAACUCGUCGGAACUGAGACCCGCCCCGAGAAAGAGAGGAAGGCCGCGGAAGAAUCCUGUGCAACCACGAUGAUCUAAUUUUUGGGAUUAAUAUAUAUGCGACGGGUUUUGCUAUUUGGUCACCGGAGAUUUGGGGGAGGAUUCAAACAUUGUCAAUGCAGAAAUUUUUUCCAAUGAAUGCGACAGGUUGGGUCCGGGGGAUAUGAUUUUAACGUUUUGUGAUGAGUAAUUGUGCCGGAAGAUGUGGGAAGAUGCGUGGCUGUGGCACUGGCCGUGGCUUCUGCUGAUGAUCCAUUGGGUGGUUCAAAUUAUGGAUUUUCCAGACAGCUUUUCCUCUGCAAAUUGCUUGCAGAGAGAGUUUGGAACGCUGCAGUCAUA